CGGACCGGUGCUGGGAACAGCUGGGGCCGGAGUCAGGCUCUGGGUGUCGGAGAGCCUGGGCGCUGCCAUCGCCGUCACCGCGGCCGCUCCGGAGGGGGUGCGGCUUGCCUGGGAGGUACUUGCUGGAGCAGCGAGAUGUGGAGGUGAACGUGCGGGACAAGUGGGACAGCACCCCACUGUACUAUGCCUGCCUCUGUGGCCACGAGGAACUGGUGCUCUACCUGCUGGCCAACGGAGCCCGCUGCGAGGCCAACACCUUCGAUGGUGAGCGCUGCCUCUACGGCGCGCAGAGUGACACCAUCCGCCGGGCGCUGCGCGACUACAGGCAGGUGACGGCCUCCUUCCGGCGGCGGGACCUCUACUACAGCUUCCUGCUGCGGCUCCUGGAGCAGGGCCUCCACAGCGACGUGGCCUUCGUGGUGCACGGCAGGUCCUUCCGGGCGCACCGUGGCAUCCUGGGCGCACGCAGCACCUACUUCGCCCACAUGCUCGACACCAAGUGGAAGGGCAAGAGCGUGGUGGUCCUCAGGCACCCCCUGAUCAACCCCGUGGCCUUCGGGGCGCUGCUGCAGUACCUGUACACAGGCUGCCUGGACGUCGGCGUGGAGCACGUCAGCGACUGCGAGCGCCUGGCCCGGCAGUGCCAGCUGUGGGGCCUGCUCAGCGGCCUGGAGGCCAAGCUGGCCUCCAAGCCAGGCGUGUGCAUGAAGGUGCUGACCAUUGAGCCCCCCCAGGCAGACUGCCAGCUCCGGGAGGACCUGGCUCUGCUGGCUGACUGUGCCCUGCCCUCUGAGCUCCGGGGCGAUCUCGGGGAGCUGCCCUUCCCCUGCGACGGCCUCAGCAGCUGCCCUGACGUCUGCUUCCGUGUGGAUGGUUAUGACUUCCUCUGUCACAAGGCCUUUUUCUGCGGCCGUAGCGAGUACUUCCGGGCCCUGCUGGACGACCACUUCCAGGAGAGCGAGCAGCUGGCGGCCUCCGGCGGCCUCCCGGCCGUCAGCCUGCAGAGCGUCGCGCCCGAGGUCUUCACGCACGUGCUGUACUACGUGUACAGUAACCACACCGAGGUGCCACCGGAGUUGGCCUACGACGUGCUGAUUGUGGCCGACAUGUACCUGCUGCCGGGCCUGAAGCAGCUGUGUGGCCGCAGCCUGGCCCAGCUGCUGGACGAGGACAGCGUGGUGGGGGUGUGGCGUGUGGCCAAGCUGUUCGGCCUGGCGCGCCUGGAGGACCAGUGCACCAAGUACAUGGCCAGGGUCAUCGAGAAGUUGGUGCAGCAGGAGGACUUCGUGGAGGCCGUGCGGGAGGAGGCCGCAGCCGUAGCCGGCCGGCAGGAGACAGACUCCAUCCCACUGGUGGACGACAUCCGCUUCCACAUGGGCAGCCUGGUGCAGACCCGCCACGCCAUGGAGCAGGCCGCGCGGCGCCUGCGCGUGCUGGAGGAGCUGCUGGUGGCCAUCGGCCUGGACUGCUGACCGCUGUGCCUGGGGCGUCCCAGUGGCCGCAGAGGCUCCCUCCACUCUGCCUGGGGGCCCUGGGAGGCUCCCCAGGGAUGAGGCCUUUCUCACAGCACAAAUCAGCCCCCGAGCUCUGGGGCUGGGCACCACUCAGGGCAUCCUGGGGUGAGGGUCUCUGAGGGCCUCCCUCCUUCACCCCCGCCCCUCCUGGUACGUCCCCCUGGGGGAGCCAGCUUCUUUGCACAGAGCCGUCACGCGGGGGCCAGAGUGUCAGUGUGGCAAUAAAGUUUGACUUCACUGUG